ACGUUUUCAGUAUGGCUGGGUUUUAUUUAACUCCAAACCAGUGCAUGUACUGAGUUGUCUAAAGAAUACUUCUUAUCUUGCGUACAUAACACACCAUGGCGUACAGCUGAACACCGCAGGCUUGUCAUGUUGCGUCUGGUUUUCUUCUUUGUUAUAUCGGGGCUGUUCCCACACGACAGUCAUUCUACCGACAACUCCUUCCACCACAACGUGGACUUCACAACUGACGACAACGGGGAACGGUUCAAACUUCACAGUUCUGGUGUCCUCAGUGAUGUUGUUGAUCUUGAUGUCAUUGAUGGACUAAAGCGCCUCGUGUGUGUGGAUGACAAGAUCCUGAUGGUGACCACCCAGAAUGAUGUGGGCAGGGACUGGAGAGUGGGUCAGCUCAUCCUGGGGAGCACAACAUGGAGGUGUAAUGCGUCACAGGGAUCUGGUGGAGAUGGAAUCUAUGCUAAGAUCUCCAGCAUCUACUUUCCUACUGAAUAUCGUAUUUCCAUACACGUUGUCCCUGCUGGGCCUUAUGACAUGAUAGAGGAGGCCAACAUUCACUUCCGCUACAGCCCUGGACGAUCGGAUCUGCCCGUUGAAACCAAGCAGCGUCAUCGCCGUUAUCUGUCGAACAUCCUCACCAAAAUACUCGGGAAUCUCGACUGGCACGCCAAUUUCUCAACCAGAAUACCCUUCAAUGAACAUCAUAAUCAAAGCAGUGCCCCAGACAAAUACUUUGCAGUCCACAAGACCUCAGGUGCGAGACAGGCAAAUGUGACAUUUUCUCCGUCGCAAGAAGACCUUCUUAUGCUGAAGGAUGACUUCAUUGUGAGGUGCAUGGAUUGUCAUGGAGGAACAGACAUGUCAUAUGUGUUUGAACUACUCAUAAAGAAGGUAAACAACAAGCCGAAACUGGUGAAAUACAUAUCACAGCUCGAAGGUGAAUCCCAACUACGGGCUGAUAUUGAAGUAGAGUUUAGCCAGGAGAUGGGCGUGAACUAUACAACCCCUGUGUGGGAGACUGGGCCGAUAGAACUCAUCCGCAUACCCGUGGCUGUUGUCUGGCGACUACCCCCAGUGGAGCUAUCUCUUGCUUACAACACACAAGCUCUGGUUAGCGUCUUUGGCUACUCCAGAGGCUCUGGUAGAGGCAGGACAGGAUUCCGGGCAAGCGGCAGAUAUACAAUUUCGCAGCAGUUUGAGGCAUCAUCAUCGCUACAAGGAGACAUCACAUCUCACGCCUGGACAUCGGAUGGACAGGACACAGUAGAGAUGGCUGUUCCUGACACAUUCAACGUCACCGUCGAUGUGUUCCAGAAGAUUUUCUUCAACGCAUCUGUUUCCUGGAAAGUAAAGGACAUAACCAUCAACCUGUACCCACCAAUGGAAAUAACAGUACGGCCAAGCAUGAAAAUGGAAUCUGUCAUUAGUGGACUUGAAGUAUGCACAGAAGCGACACUUGCAGUAGAUGGAUUAUUUUCUGUUGAAAAGUCAGUUCUGUCCGUUGAAGCAUUUGGAUGCAACGUAUGGGAUGUUAUGUUAAAUCCGAAGAUCACGAAAAGAGAGACACUCACAGAGUCCAGCCUGUCCCUGACAUGUUUGGCCCAUUGUGACGGCCCUGCAGAACUUGGGCCUCCACUCACACAGGACCAGGUGUGUGGCGAAAUGACUGACAGGGUUGUACGGGGCAGCAGUCUGUUCAACAAGUUCGAGGUUUUGGAAGGAACGGACAUUGUGUUUGCUGCUGAGGAAAGUGCUCUUUGUGAACUGACGCCAUCAGCAUGUUCAGUAUGUAACAACCAUUCAACAACCAUCUGUGCCAGUAGAUGUAUGACACCUCGUCUUGCCCGUGCAAUCACUAAACUGAGUCAGUUGGUCAAAACAGAGUGGACAAACGCAACACUCAUAGUACUAGCUGCCUGGGAUGAACCAAGCCCAGCCUUUCCUGGUGGUCACCAUGGUAACAGUUCCCUACACUAUGAAGGCAGAGCUGCUGUUGUAACGGUGACAGGAGUUUCAGCCGCCAACACGGUUGACAACACGACCUUUGACAGAAUAGGUUCCCUGUGCGUCUGUUCUGGAUUCGACUAUGUCGGCAUCAACAGAGAGUUCGCUGUUAUCCACGUUGCGAUGAAGAAGGACGGGGUGAUGAACAUGAGUACUGAGAGAGCGAUGUUUGAAGACCUGAUUGCUGAUGAAGGUAAUGACGCUCGAUUCCAAAGGUGUGCGAAAGAGGCCCCUAUUCUGAAUGUAGGCGAUACCAUACCAUCCGGAGAAGGCGUGGAUGAAGCAUGUGGGCCUCCUCAAGGUGCUCUGAGCAGGUUGAACUCGGAAGAUAUGCAAAAGCUGUAUCACUACGAUAGGAGUGAUGUUGUGUUCAGGCCUGAGGGGAGUCCCAGCAGUGUGUGUGGAUUCUCCACCAGAAGAUGUAGAACGCCAUGUCUGCCCUCCAUGAGCCAAACAGAACCCUGGUCAUACUGUAGCACUCGGCUAAUGACUCCCAGGAUGGCGCUCAAACUACGACAACUCGCUAAACUAGCACAUGCAGACGGCAUAGACGUGAACGUUGAAAGGGCCUUUACCGAGCAAUCAGACAUGCCACUGCACUACAGAGAAGGAAGGCCUCUUCAACAUGGGAAUGAACUGAACUACAUCACGCUGUGGAACACUUGGAACACUACCUACUUCAGACAGAUAUUGGACAUACAAGAGGAGUUACUUCAGGGUGGUCCUGUUAUUCAUCCUUUUGACAAAGGGAUCUGUGACAUUCAUCCUCUAGGUAGAGUGAAACAAUACCUUACCUUCCAGUUUCAUCAAAAUGGGCUAUGUUCCACGACUGAGCAGCCAGCAUUCUGCAAACAAACCUUACCAUUCCGCAAGGAGGAGGCUAGAACGUUGCAGGAGCGGAUGACUUCAGCUGCUGGAUUUGGUCGUCUGCCCAGAGUGGACCUCAAUCCGGACAUACAGAAAUGUAUUGUUGAAUUGUGCGGAGGAUGUCCGGCGACAGGUCAUCUGUGGGAUGACAAAGUGAAAGCGUGUUCUGUGGUUGUGGACAAGUUCAUCAACCGAGCAACCAGAGCGUUCCCUGAUCUGACAGACCGGGCGACCUUCUUUGAUACCGAGACGGCAGAGUCCAGCGUCCACUCCCUCGCCUGUCAUGAUGGCAACAUCUGUGUUGAAAACAUUCAGCUGUACUCUUUGCUAAUGCCGUUGAUGACGUCACGUUAUCCAACAGAGCCUUCAGGCAGUAUUGAGGUCUUGAUGUUCAGCUCCGAGAAGAAUCCGAUGCCAUUGAUGGAACUGGUUGAGCAGGAGAUGGCCUACAGGGCCGCGGGCAGGGUUCGAAUCUUCGUAGAUCACCAGGAAGAUAUUAAGAGCUUGAAAGGAAUUCUGAAGGUUCUCAUGGUCUACAGCAAGAACGUAUCUGGAGUCGAGUUCCAUGUCUAUGAUGACCUUGACAUUGAUCUGAUAAAGGCUGACGUGCAGCGCAACCUGGACGUGUGGGCAGGUGACACGUGUUCCGAUCACAGCAGAUUCGCAAUAUCACCCUUCACAUUUCACCAGCUGAGUCACUCCCGGAGGAAGAGAAGCCUUGCAAGGAGUCAACACAGGAAUGAGGCUCGACAGAAAAUAUUCGACUGGGAGAUGGAGUGGAUGAUGAAGCUUCUGUAGUCCUUCAAGUAAUUUUGAUUGAUUACUGUUGUCAUGUGUAACUUAAGUAUUUACCUACAGAUCAAGUGGUAGUGGUCUAAUCUAAAUAAAAACCUGUUAUCAGUCGUAA